GACACCAAAAAACCAUAUCAAAACCAGCAGCCACGACAAACAACAAACCCAACAGGCAAAAAAAACCAUAGACGGCAUCAGAGACAUCACCAACGGCAGCGAGCAGAGCUUGGAGUCCUUUCUAGGCCAGAGCCACCAGCCAAGACAGAAUUUUUCAGUAUCAACAAAUGUUGUCAAUUACCUUCCGCUUAUUUGGAUCUAGCUCUCACCUUCCGUCUCUUACGCUUGAGUCUUCUGACUCUCUUCUUUCUCCACUUAUUUCUCAUUGUGAUUAAUGUAUGGAUGAUGAGGAAAGAAAGGUAAAAAGGGUAUGUGGUAGUGAAUUCUAUAUACCAAAUUUAUGUGUGCAGACUAGUUGCAGUACGACACCGCUGAAAGAUUUCCGACCUGUGCUCAGAAUCCGAAUACUAUGUGGUUAUGCGGCCCGCAGAACGCUAAUUCCCGCCUAUUAUGGUGGAAAAACCGCUCAACGCGCUGCCGGUAUGUACUUCGUGACUGCUUUUUUUUCUCAAACGUGACCAAAACGUGACCAAAAAACAUCCUGCGUAUACCUAGGCUAACAUUUUUGUUAGGGCUUCCCAGGUCAACUGGUAGCCUAGUAUUAAUGAAAAACGG